AUGGAUAUGGUGCAACAUUAUACAGAUAAGAGAGAACAAUCUGACCGGGCCCUAGAGGAAUAUAAGAUGAAAUGUAGAUUAUUAGAAUGUGAAAUUGCCAAUCACCAAAAGACUCUCGAUGUAUACCGUACCGAUUAUGACCAAUUAAAAGAAAUGAUCGAAACAGAAGAGCUCUAUCAUCGAAAACACCAAGCAAAUAAGCAGAUGUUCGAUAACCUCACCGAUAAACAAUCAUUUGAUGAGUUUGGUUCAAAUAUUCGUGGAACCAAUACAAUGGAUCAUUUUACCAUAAAUACUUCAACUACUACUGUGACCAGGUCCCCGAACAUUAGAAAACUCUUUAUGAAAUCCCGGUUUUGUGGAGAGUUUUUUGUACCAGUUUACAAAGAGCAAUUGGAGUACAUCAAUACGAAGAGUCAAUCCACAUCAACAUCCCUAAAUCCACAUCCAACAGUGAUGCCACCCCAAAGAAAAGAGGCAGACCUCCAAAGAACUCUACACCAACCUCUCUAA